CGUCUUUAGAAAGAUCAACACAGGCCUCCUUCCUGCUGUUUUGGCCAAUAGCAAGUUAGUAAAGCCGUGUUAAAGAUAUUUACCCUGCAGAUUUGUUCAUUUGCUGAAGGCCACACCUCUUCACAGGGGAAACUGUGCUGUAAUUCUUCUUGAAGAUAAGAACGGGAAGGGUGAGUGUACAGUCUAUGUUGGGCCUUCCUGUGAGUUCAUUUCACACAUCCUGGAGCGAGCAACGUUAAGAUCAGAUCUGUGAGGAGGACAGCGUGAAAUACGAUGCCACCCAGUCUUCUGAAUGGAACCGUACGAUACAGUGUGGUCAGUGCAGGUAUCAUCAGUGUGACCUUCGUUCUUUACCUCUUCUGUUUUCCGAACUCUCAGCCUUUAUGUCCGCCUCAGUACGCCCAGACUGUUCCGUUACCAGAGAAAAGCUCUCUGAGCGAAGCUCCCAAAAGCGAAAAGACGCCUCCCAAGCCCAUCGUUUUACUGUGGUUCUGGCCUGAGAACUUCAGGUUCAGCUUUAGUGACUGCAAGACCCUGAUGGACAUCGACGGCUGCUCGCUGACGGACGACAGGUCUUUGUACAGCGAGGCUGACGCUGUUCUGAUCUUCCACAAGUCUAUAAAACACGACUCGUCCAACCUCCCCCCGUCUCCUCGUCCUCCCGCCCAGCGCUGGAUCUGGUUCCAUGUGGAAUCCCCAACGAACACAAUCAAGAUCCCGGGUCUGGAGAACCUCUUCAAUCUCACGCUGAGCUACAGGCUGGAUUCGGAUAUUCUGGUGCGAUACCAGCUGUUCGUCAGAGAAACCCCUGAGGAACACUUCGAGAUGCCCAGAAAGGACAAGCUGGUUUGUUGGAUUGUGAGCAACAACAAUCCGUACACUGGAACCGGAUUGAGAACCAAGUAUUUCAACGAGCUUCGAAAAUACAUAAAAAUAACUUUAUUUGGGAAGGCCUAUGGGUCCUUCUUAAAAUACGAGGACUACUAUCCCACCAUAUCCAGCUGCAAAUUCUACCUAGCCUUCGAGAACUCCAUUCACAGAGACUACAUCACCGAAAAGUUCAACGCCCCGCUCGCCGCCGGAACUGUUCCCGUAGUUUUAGGACCUCCCAGACAAAACUACGAAAACUUUGCUCCGAGCAACGCUUUCAUUCAUGUGGAUGAUUUUCCAACUCCGAAGGAACUGGCUGAAUAUCUGCUUCGGUUAGACAAAGACGAUAAUCUUUAUCGCAGUUAUUUUCAGUGGAGGAGACAUCUAGAGGCAAAACCUCACUUUGUGCUACAAAACCAGGAGUUUAUAAAGCCCAUCUGUACGGCCUGUGAUUAUAUAGGAAAACACAAUGAGUACAGAGCUCCAACCAACAUCUACAAGUGGUAUUUCUCAUGAUGCAUAAAACCAUAAAUAAAUAAAACAUAAAAACACUUAAAGCCAGAGAUACACAACAUGAUUUUUCCUCAAAAGAGUCUACACUCAACCCCGUCACAUUUAACCCAGUCUCGUUCAAUCCUGUCGCGUGCAACCCCGUUAAACUCAAUCCUGUUACGCUUAACCCUGCAACACGUAACCGCGUCACACUCAAUUAAGUCGCAAUCAACCUCAUAAAAUUAAAAUCUGUCACACUCAACCGUGUCACAGUCAACUCUGUCACAAUCAACCCCAUCAUAGCCAGUCCUGUCAUAGUUUAUCCCAUCACAUUUAACCCUGUCACACUCAACCCCGUCACAUUCAAUUCUGUGACACUCAACUCCGUCACACUUAACGCUCAAUCCUGUUACACUUAACCCUGCCACACGUAACAUUAUCACACUCGACCCCAUCACACUUAACCCCGUCACAUUAAACCCUGUCACAUUCAACUCCGUCACAUUCAAACCUGUUAUACUCAUCCCCGUUAUACUCAACCCCAUCACAUGCAACCUUGUCACACUCAACCUUGUAACACUCAAUCCUGUCACACUCAACCCUGUCACACUUAACCCCGUCCAACUCAACCCCAUCACACUCAACCCUAUUACAUUCAACCCCGUCACACGCAACCCUGUCACAUUUAACCUCGACACACUUAACCCCAUCACAUUCAACUCCGUCACACGCAACCCUGUCACACUCAACCACUCAACAUCAACACACUAAACCCUGUUGCCAUCAACUUUGUGACACUCAAUCUUGUCACACUCAACUCCGACACACUUCACCCCGUCACAGUCAUUUGACCGAUCACGCUCAAGCCCAUCAUACUCAAUCCUGUCACAUGAAACCCGUCACACUGUAGCAGCAGUUAUAAUCUUGUAGAUAAGGCGAGGCUAAAGGUUGGAGUCUGUUCUGUACUCAAGGAAUAUCAUGCUCCUCACAUCAGUAUUUUUAUGGCAUUGACUUGAAAUCUGAAACUGUUAAAACUCUUAUUUUGUUUUGAGUUUUUUAGUUUUAAAAUGUAAACUGGUACUUGUGUUUUGCAUUACUGUAUGCUGUAAAAAUUCUCUAACUUAAAUUCUAAGGUUUAUCAAUUAUUUUUAUGUUUAAGAAAGGUUUACUUUUUAUAUAAAAUAAAAAAAACAUAACAAUAAACAACAAUAAAAUUUAGGAUGAGUCAGCAAGUG